UUCCUUUACCAUAUUUCGUGUAAUAAUUAAUAUUUCAUGCAUUUUCUACACAAACAAAAAGCCAGCAGAAGCCUUGAGACCUUACAGCCAGAGCAUUCCUAUAUCCGGCCUGAAACGCACAACUGCAGCGCUCUUCCAUAAGAAUGGGUAAAUAACGAUCCAUCCGGCAGCCUCCAGAGUGGUGACCGUAUCGUCUGUGGUGUUGAGAUGAUGGUUUCCGCUGUUCCGCUGACGGCUUACCGGGUGGAUUAUUGUUUUGUGCUCUUUUGACACCGUGGCCUUUAUUGCUUCCUCUCGAAACGUGUCAUUUUUGCAUCAAAAAUCAACACAUCUCAGCUUUUAUCAGCAAGUACCAGCCCGGGAAUGAAUGCUCUGCUUCUCCAUUUUGUUUCUUUUUCCUAUCCUUCGCGCAUCGACUGCUACAUCCCAGCUGUCAUUUUGUGGUAGACUAAGCCACAGUCAAGCGGGAACAAUGACAGGCCACAGCAGUGAUGCGGAGCACAGAAACCAAAACCAUACGGCUGAUGUUGGGCUCCUCUGGACAUGAUGAUGAUGAUGAUGAUGGCUGCCCGGGUACAAGCAAAACCCGUUCGAAUGACAUCUGAUCCGAAUCUUUACGAAAUAUCGUUCGCAGCAAGGCAUAAACAACUGGCAAAGUAAUGGCCGGCCGCAAAACCGAGCGAUCCCCGUCAUCGCACCGGGCUGGGAAUGCAAUUUACCAUACGCAACUCCGUCGGAACAAACCCCAGUAAUGCGGAAACCCUCCGCAUAAGCAGCACGAACGCAGCUUAAAACAAAGCGCGCAAGAUGGUGAGGGCAAAAGCAAAUACAAGCACGCACCAAACUGGCAAACCAAAUCACGGUGCGUCCUUGUUUGGCAGGGUGUCCGAUUUGUCCGAUUGUCUCUCUCGGAAAUUCGGCGGCAGCGACUGACUGACUGACAGAUCGGGCAGCCAAAAUUUGUUCACCACGCGAAAAGUCCCGCCGUCAUCGUCGGAGGAAAUGUCAUAGGUUGUUGUGGCGUUUUGCAUGCUGUGUUCGCCGUGAAGAUGUGUUGAUGAUCGUCACAUCAUCCAACAGACGACGGUACGGAAAAUACUGGCCCGGUGUGACAACUUCUUGCAGUGCCAUGACUGUCAUGAUUUGGAGGAUUAGCGCAACGAGUUCUUCGGUUGUUUGCUCCGUUUUAUUUGUCUGAUCAGUUGAUCGGAAAUGGAUCAAAAUAGCAACAGCAACAGGCAACCGUUUUCUUUCCGAUAACUGAAAGACACGCCCAAGUGACGGACAGUGAGUUCCACUCACACACUCACUUCGAUAAGUGUCUGCGCGUUCGGAUGUUACUGUUCUGGGGCCACGCUUCACUAAAGCCGGGCUCGUACGAAUAGACACCAAGGCACGUUUGACGAACGAGUCCAGCACACUUCAAUCCGAGCCGCCACCAUGACACACCAACAACGCCGCGUUGCACCGGUCGAAUGUCCGUUGGCUUCGCUGGGACGCAACACUCCCUCGAUGGACACCCGGCAGUAUCAUCAUCCGCUCAGCUCCAGCCCACUCGAUCCACAAGCCUACCAGAUGUCCCGAAGUUCUCCAAUACUCACGCUCGACUCCGAUCUUUACCCGCCCGACACCGGUGGCCUAAUGUCGUCCGGAUGCAAAGGAGAACAACCACCGGACGGAGUCGUUCAAGACGGAGGUGGUGGUGGUGGUGGUGGUGGAGGUGGAGGUGGUGGUGGUGGAGGGUCCCUGCUUUCCCGCAGUUCUUCCUCGUCGCUCGAUCAAAACGGUUCCUCGUAUCUGCAUCAAGCGCUACCACUGCCCCUACAUCCGCCACCGACAGUCAAUGGACACCAUGGACACAGACGCGACUAUCGGCCAGUUCGGCCCCGGACCUACACCCCGAUCGAUGCACUGCUAACCAACACCUACCAGCAACAUCAUCAGCGACUCUCCCCCGUCCUGCGUGGCUCUCAGGGCGGCUACCACCAUCCAGACGAACCGCCUCCUCCAGGGCUCGGCGGAUUGUCCGAAGCGGAUCGGUACUUUCUGGAGGAGAAGAUGGACGCGCUCUACAUUCAAGGUGCCAUUCGGCGCAAUGCCAACGCCACACCGUCCAGCCUGACGCGCAACCAGUCCAGCAGCAGCAACAACACCGAGCGGUACUACCUCGAGAACGAAAACAUCGACGCGAUUUACAACUUCUGCCGACGGAAUGGUGGUGGUGGUGGUGGAGUUGGUGGGGUGGGAUCAGUCGCGGCCCACAACGCACACAACUCCUCGUCCCAAACAUCGUCCCAGGCCCAAUCACAGGUGGACUGUCUUGAUUCCAGCUCGCCGCAUCUGCUGCGGCGCGCGUCUAGUCCGGAAACGAGUGGGUCCGAUCGGUAUCUGCUCGACCGGAUACGAGGCUCGCCGGCCUUCCACAGUCCGCGGGGGACACACAUCAAGGCGGUCGGGUCGGCAGAUUUCAUCGACGGGAGAAUUCCACUCACCAAAUCCCAACACUACACCGAUGGGCUAUCCCGGUACGGACGAUUCUCGCCCAAUCUGGACCAAGGCUACCAUACGCUCGUGUCACCUUCGCCCUCGGGACAGCAGCAAUCCUCCAUUCCGGCCUCCUGGACGACGGGUGGGAAUCAUCAUGGAUCGGGACACGGUGGCGGUACCAACUCAACCUCAUCCAGUCACGGAAGUCCGGCACAAACUAAUACCCCGGUGGGAGGAAACGGCACCAACGGUAGUAACGGUGGUAGACCCGACGGAACCACUAUUCUGACCAGUCUUAGCAAUGGACACGGUACCAGUCUGUACCGGGCCGGACCACUGUUCGAUCGAAUACCGGACGAGCUGAUGGUUCGCAUCUUCGAAUGGCUGGACAGUAGCGAGCUGUGCAAUAUUGCUCGGGUCUGCCGACGGUUCGAAUCGGUCAUCUGGAAUCCGGCGCUGUGGAAGAUCAUCAAGAUUAAGGGAGAAGAAAACAGUGGCGAUCGUGCCAUCAAGACCAUCCUACGAAGGCUCUGCGGUCAGACGCGAAACGGCGCCUGUCCGGGUGUGGAGCGAGUACUGCUAGCCGACGGUUGCCGCUUAACAGACCGAGGGCUGCAGCUGCUUUCGAGACGCUGUCCGGAGAUAACGCACCUACAGAUCCAGAACAGCGUUACCAUCACGAACCAGGCUCUAUCGGAUCUGGUGACCAAGUGUACAAACCUGCAGCAUCUAGACAUAACCGGUUGUGCCCAAAUAACGUGCAUCAGCAUCAAUCCUGGACUGGAACCACCGCGAAGACUGCUGCUACAGUAUCUGGACCUAACCGACUGUGCGUCGAUCUGUGACGCCGGUAUCAAAGUCAUUGCCCGCAACUGUCCGCUGCUGGUCUAUCUCUACCUUAGGCGGUGUAUACAAGUAACAGAUGCGGGGCUUAAGUUCAUUCCAAACUUCUGUAUUGCGCUGCGCGAACUGAGCGUCUCGGACUGUACGAGCGUCACAGACUUCGGGCUGUACGAGCUGGCGAAACUCGGUGCUACCCUACGCUACCUGUCCGUGGCCAAGUGCGAUCAGGUGUCGGACGCAGGGCUGAAGGUGAUUGCCCGACGGUGCUACAAGCUGCGCUAUCUGAAUGCCCGCGGCUGCGAAGCGGUCAGUGACGAUUCGAUCAACGUGCUCGCUCGGUCCUGUCCACGGUUGCGGGCGCUCGACAUUGGCAAGUGUGAUGUGAGCGAUGCCGGUCUGCGGGCACUCGCCGAAAGCUGUCCCAAUCUGAAGAAGCUUAGCCUGCGCAACUGUGACAUGAUUACGGACCGGGGGAUCCAGUGCAUCGCGUACUACUGUCGGGGAUUGCAGCAGCUCAACAUUCAGGACUGUCAAAUCUCGAUCGAAGGUUACCGGGCGGUCAAGAAGUACUGCAAGCGGUGCAUUAUCGAGCACACCAAUCCUGGGUUUUGCUAGCACGACGAUCGUGCGCUGUGUGCUGCCCUCUGGCGGUGGGGGCUAGCACUAGGGAGGCGAGUCGUUAGUUAAAUUUAUUCACCGAGUAGAGGAUGAUUGUAACAAAGCUUCUUAGGUAGCGGUGUUUUGUACGAACACUCAAUGUUAAGUAGGAUAAGCAAAUCUGAUCCAUGCUGCCAAAAACAACAACAAAAUACGAUGAGAACAGGAAAAAGGGGGAAGAAAUGCAUUCAGCUGUACGGCACACGAAAGGGUGGCUUCUGGGUGCUUCGAGCGGAUGAGACUGUGGAUCGAAAAAGGGUUUCUUGUUUUCUUUUGAGUAAGUUUUUUUUUAAUAUCCUCUAGACAAAUGUACUCCGAACGAAUGUAUCGAUCGAUUUUGAAGAGGACAGCGCACAGGAGGGUUGAGCUGAGUUGUAAAUUUAACGUUUCGGCUGCAUUCGGUCGAACGAACGCGAUUUUAAUUGUUUUAGAUGGAAGAAUUUUAGGAAUGUUUUUUAAGCUCUUUUUAUUUAUGUAAAAAAAGUAAAACAAAUAUACGAUAUUUAUUUAAUAAAUUGAA